UGAAAGAGGCUAGUGACCAGAGGCGAGGAACCGGGAGAGCCGGGACCGAGAUCAGACCCGGGAGAGAAGAACACAGCGGGAACCGGCCGGGGAGCCGGGGCCCCUCAGGCACCUGCUCCUUUGCCCAGUCGAUUGGCGCACGCAGAGCCACACUCAGGCCCCUGCCCGGCCUCAGUCCCUCCCCGGGCCCCCCAUGGCCCGGGCCGCAGCCCUCCCGCCGUCGAGAUCGUUUCCGACGCUGCCGCUGCUGCCGCUCCUGCCGCUGCUCCUGCUGCUCCCAGGGACCGGAGCCCAGGAUGGGCAAGUUCAAAUGCCACCUGAGGUGCGGGGCCGCCUGGGGGAGACAGUGAAGCUGCCAUGCCACCUACUGUCACAAGGACCUAAAGUCAACGUCUCACAGGUGACGUGGCAACGCCUGGAACCAUCCGGGAAAACCCAGAGUGUGGCCGCCUUUCACCCUUCACAUGGUCUCAGCUUCCCCAGCCCGCAGUUCAGCAGCGAGCGGCUAUCCUUCCUCACCAUGGGGCAGAGCCCCGGGGCCAGGCCAGGCUCGGAGAUGCAGGACGCCACGCUGGUCCUCCAGGGGCUGAGAGUGGAGGACGAGGGCAACUAUUCCUGCGAGUUUGCCACGUUCCCCCAGGGCACCAGUCGUGGGGUGACCUGGCUCAGAGCCAUAGUCCAGCCCCAGAACCAGGCUGACGCGCAGGAGGUCACCCUUGGCUCGGAGCCUGUGCCCGUGGCCCGCUGUGUCUCCUCAGGGGGCCGCCCACCCGCCCGGAUCUCCUGGUUCUCGCCACUGGACGGAGAAGCCAGAGAGAGCGAGGUGUCAGGGCCCCUGUUCGGCACAGUCACCGUCACCAGCCGCUACGCCGUGGUGCCCUCGAGCCAAGCAGAUGGUGUCAAGGUCACCUGCAAAGUAGAGCACGAGACCUUCCAGGAGCCGGAACUGCUGCCUGUGAUCCUCUCUGUGCGCUACCCCCCCGAGGUCUCCAUCUCCGGCUAUGAUGACAACUGGUACCUCGGCCGCAGUGAAGCCACCCUGAACUGUGACGUCCGCAGCAACCCAGAGCCCACACGCUAUGACUGGAGCACGACUUCAGGUGACUUACCAGCCUCAGCGAAAGGCCAGGGUCCCCAGCUGAUCAUCUACUCGGUGGACAGACUGGUCAACACCACCUUCAUCUGCACUGUCACCAACGCCCUGGGCACAGGCCGUGCCGAGCAGGCGGUCCUCGUUCGAGAGUCCCCCAACACAGCAGGUGCAGGGGCCACAGGUGGCAUCAUCGGGGGCAUCAUCGCUGCCAUCAUUGCUACUGCUGUGACCGCCACAGGCAUCCUUAUCUGCCGGCAGCAGCGGAAGGAACAGAGGUUACAGGGGGCAGAGGAGGAGGAUGACCUGGAGGGGCCUCCCUCAUACAAGCCGCCCACCCCAAAGACAAAGCUGGAGGAGCGAGAGAUGCCCUCCCAGCUCUUCACUCUUGGGGCCUCAGAGCACAGCCCACUCAAGACCCCCUACUUCGAUGCUGGUGUCUCAAUCGCUGAGCAGGAAAUGCCUCGGUACCAUGAGCUGCCCACCCUGGAAGAGCGAUCGGGGCCCCUGCUCCUGGGAGCCACGAGCCUGGGGUCCCCCAUCCUGGUGCCUCCAGGGCCGCCUGUUUCAAAGAGGGUUUCCUUGGACCUAGAGGAUGAGGAUGAGGAUGAAGAAGACUACCUGGACAAGAUCAACCCCAUCUAUGAUGCCCUGUCCUACUCUAGCCCCUCUGAUUCCUACCAGAGCAAAGGCUUUGUCAUGUCCCGGGCCAUGUAUGUGUGAGCCAGCAUGGCCCUAGCCUCUCACCUCUCACUCCUUUAUGCCUCGACUUUCUGCCAGGGGUGUAGUGCCCCCUGACCUCUGACCCAGCCACACGCAUGUUAUCUGUGAGUUCUACCUUAGUGGCCCCAUCAUGACCUCUAACCCAUGAUCUCUGACCCAGAGAAACCGGCCAUGACAGUGGAAACCUGGCAACCUUCUCUUGAGUUGGAAGGGAUGGGGUAUGUUUCUGCACAACCUCUGACCCAAGGACUCUGAAGACCGUGACCUUAGUUAAUACCUCUCAUAUCCCACCAUCUCCAAUCCCCUCCCAAAUUCCAAAGACCCUAGCCUCUGGUUUGUCCUCAGACACUAAACUCCCAAUAGCUCUGCUGGGUUGGACAUAGGGGGCAGGCACCCUGCUGCUCAGACCUGAGCCCUCCAGGCAGCAGAGCCUCACCCACCCCCUCUUACUCUAUCUGUUCCCCAAAGAUGAGAGGGGAGGGAUUCCCCAGCCCAAGGACAUAGCUUCCCCCUCUCCCUCCUGCAGGCAGGAGUCUCAGGGUCCAGACCUCUCUCUGAGUCCCCACAUCCCCAAUUCCUGUCUUCAGGGAAUUAAGCCCCAGUCCAGGACUAGAUUGGGUGAGCAUCAUGCAGAGUGUGCCUUGCUAGCUCCUGCCUUGAGAGAACUUCCUGUUACUUUGAAGACGUCUAAGUCCUUUGACUGCUGCCCAGUGGGAUGGGACCCAAACAUCUCCCUGGGGGGGGGGGCAGGCAACACGGUCACCUGGGUUGGGGGGAUCUGAUAGUUUUGU